CGUGAAGGGAAGGUGAAAUGUCCCUGUACGAUGAUUUGGGGGUUGAGACCAGCGACUCAAAGACAGAGGGCUGGUCAAAAAAUUUCAAACUCCUUCAGUCUCAGCUGCAGGUGAAGAAAGCAACACUUACACAAGCAAAGACCCAGCGCUCAAAGCAGAGCACAGUUUUAGCUCCAGUUAUAGACCUCAAGCGAGGCACCUCUGGGGAUGACAGGCAGAUUGUUGACACACCACCUCAUAUAGCAUCUGGCUUAAAGGAUCCGGUACCAAGUGGAUUCUCUACAGGAGAGGUUUUGAUCCCAUUGGCUGAUGAGUAUGACCCCAUGUACCCAAAUGACUAUGAGAAAGUUGUGAAAAGACAGCGCGAGGACAGACAACGACAGCGUGAGCUGGAACGACAGAAAGAAAUUGAAGAAAGGGAAAA